UAAUAAUAAAAUCAAAAUCCAGCGGCACAGAAGAAUACACUGGCACAUCUAAUUUUUUUUUAUGUGUAUUCAGUCAACGUUUAAAACUUAGGUAUACCUACAGCAGAUCAGUAUCGCUGGGGGCGUUCUUCCAGGAAUGUUUAGGAACAUCUGGGUAUAUCUAGGCACGUUCGGCAUAUGACCACGCGAAUUGUUAGGCAGUUGAGUCCAGUGAAUUCCGAAACUAGUGCAGAGUAGUGAGACGGUGAAAAUUAAUUAUCAGAUCAGGUGCCGAGCAGGAGGGAGCGUCAUGUAAUUUAUAUCAACUGUCAAGUGACGAGGCAACGCGUUGAUGUUGACGUUCAUGUUGAUGUUAAUUGGCAGAAUGACAAUUUGUGGAGACGGUGUCAGAGAUGGCAGAAGAGCUCUUCGAUAAACUGCACCGUACUGUCGGCAAUGUCUAGAUAUUAUUAACUUAUACACGAUAAUUCGCCGAUUUACGUUCCUGAGAGAUUUAAAGUGCAAAUUUAAUUAUGGAAGAUGUUAAUGGACAACUGCAGACUAAAUAUCAGAAGAUUGCCACUGAGUACUCUAAAAUUCGUGCACAGGCUAAUGUGCUAAAAAAGGCUGUAAUCGAAGAACAAUCUAAAAAUGGAGAAUUGCGAGAGCAAUUCAAGGAGAAGGAAGUUAAACUGCGCAGAGCUGAACAGGAGCUUGAUAGCUUGACCUUUCGUAAUCAGCAGCUUACUAAACGUGUGACGGUACUACAAGAGGAAUUAGAUUCUGUGCAGAAUAAAGGAAGAAAGGGAAGAAGCAAAUCCUCUGAGAGUAAAGCAGCUCAGUCACCCAUCGCAGCAAAUCGAAUUCUUGAUGAAGAGUUUCAGAAGAAAAUUGUGGAAAAUGCUCAGCUACUUUCACAGAUUAUUGACAAAGACAAUGAAAUUGAAUAUCUGCAUGAAAGAGUACAGCAGCUUGAAUAUAAAAUAGAGUCUUAUGAAAAACUUAAGUCAGAAAUGGAAUGUAAGAGUGUAGACAUAAUUAAAAAAUUGGAAAAGGAAAAAGCUGAAUUAGAGAGGAAAUUAAAUAGUAAGCAGAAUGUCGAAAAUCCUGAAUUAUGUUCUAAUAGUGAAAUUAAAUCAUCUCAAAGUGGUGACUAUGUUUCUAAGUCAAGUGUAUUAGUACUGUCUUCUCCAUUGCCAACACAAAAUUCACGAAAUGAGCGUAAGCCUACAGUGGAGGUAACUCCCUUGGAGGAAAAGAAUGAUGAACUCAAAAUUGCAAAAUUAUUUGACCUAGAGAAGGAACUGAGUCGCUGGAAGGCUCAAUACAAUAUCCUUAAAAUCAAAUAUGAUGAACUUGAAGCUAUGAAUAAUGAACAAAAUGCUCACAAUCAACUAGACACAGAUUCACUGGCACCCAAAGAGAUUACGAAUAUGAUUGGAAGAUUAAACACACCUUUUCCUAUUCCUGAGGAAAUCGAAGCUCGUGAAGCCAAAAUCAAGGAUUAUUUCAUUCGAGAAAUUGACAAUUUAGUAAAUGAGAAACAUCUGUGCCAUGUGAAAAAUCUGUCUAUAGCUGCUAAUACUGAAGUAAUGAAUGUUCACUUGGAUACGAGUGAGGCAAAGCGAGAAAAGUGCGAAGCUUUCCUUUUAGAAACACUUUCAAAAUGGAGAAACUUACAAGAGGAUAAGGAAGAACAAGAAGGAAAUUACAAAGCUCAGCUAAGUACCAUGAGCGAGCAUCUUGCCAACAUGAACGAUAAGCUUAUUCAACAAACUGAAGAAAUACAACAAUUAAAAUUUGAAUUGGCAAACAAAAAUGCCAAAAAAGGUAAACAGAAAUGAACCCUUGAUCUCAAAUGAUCUGCCUCAAUGAAACAUUCCGAUAUAGUAAAAUCAGUUUCUACAAAUCAACUUGAACAAAUAAGGAAAAUUUGUUUUUGGAUAACGGAUUGUCAUACAAUUAAGGAUCAUAAAUUGAAUAUACACAUUAUGUAACAGUAAAGCCAUCUGAACGAUACUGUAUUCAUUCACUAUAACAAAAUAUGUACAUGUAACAGUACCACAGCCGCUGCUUAUGGAUAUAAAAUUAAAUACGGAUUGCAAAAAGAUA